CCCCAUAGGCCCCUGCGCGACUCCGGCUGGGCAGGAUUCCGGACAACGCCUGGUUCCUCUCGGGUCCUUCCGGCGUCGCCGGAGUACAUUGAUCUGGGAGUUGAAGAGGGCUCCAAAGGUGGCAAGUGAAGUCAGUGCCUCAGUUGCCGGUCAGCAUAUGUUUUGUGCCCUGUUCUUUUAUCACAAAAAAGAGAAGAAAGGCUGCAGUGAAUGAAGAGUCCUCUGCAUUUUAGCACUGCUUUUUCUACUGUAGUUGGCUUUUGAAUGAGGAUGACAAUGGAAGAGAUGAAGAAUGAAGCUGAGACCACUUCCAUGGUUUCUAUGCCCCUCUAUGCAGUCAUGUAUCCUGUGUUUAAUGAGCUAGAACGAGUAAAUCUGUCUGCAGCUCAGACACUGAGAGCGGCUUUCAUUAAGGCUGAAAAAGAAAAUCCAGGACUCACACAAGACAUCAUUAUGAAAAUUUUAGAGAAAAAAAGUGUAGAAGUCAACUUCACAGAGUCCCUUCUUCGAAUGGCAGCUGAUGAUGUAGAAGAGUAUAUGAUUGAACGACCGGAGCCAGAAUUCCAGGACCUAAACGAAAAGGCACGAGCACUUAAACAAAUUCUCAGUAAGAUCCCAGAUGAGAUCAAUGACAGAGUGAGGUUUCUGCAGACAAUCAAGGAUAUAGCUAGUGCAAUAAAAGAACUUCUUGAUACAGUGAACAGUGUCUUCAAGAAAUAUCAAUACCAGAACCGCAGGGCACUUGAACACCAAAAGAAAGAAUUUGUAAAGUACUCCAAAAGUUUCAGUGAUACUCUGAAAACCUAUUUUAAAGAUGGCAAGGCAAUAAAUGUGUUCAUAAGUGCCAACCGACUAAUUCAUCAAACCAACUUGAUACUUCAGACCUUCAAAACUGUGGCCUGAAAGUUGUAUAUGUUAAGAGAUGUACUUCUCAGUGGCAGUAUUGGACUGCCUUUAUCUGUAAAUUUUAAAGUUUGACUGUAUAAAUUAUCAGUCCCUCCUGAAGGGAUCUAAUAAUCCAGGAUGUUGAAUGGGAUUAUUGCCAUCUUACACCAUAUUUUUGUAAAAUGUAGCUUAAUCAUAAUCUCACACUGAAGAUUUUGCAUCACUUUUGCUAUUAUCAUUCUUUUAAGAAUUAUAAGCCAAAAGAAUUUACGCCUUAAUGUGUCAUUAUAUAACAUUCCUUAAAAGAAUUGUAAAUAUUGGUGUUUGUUUCUGACAUUUUAACUUGAAAGCGAUAUGCUGCAAGAUAAUGUAUUUAACAAUAUUUGGUGGCAAAUAUUCAAUAAAUAGUUUACAUCUGUUAAA